AUGUUUUGGUCAAUUCAAUAUGCUGCUACUCUCUUCUUCCUGCUUCUACUUUCUCAUUCAACUAUAGCAGCACCAACAUCUAUCUCAUCAUCAUUCAUCAAACGCCAAGAUCCAGCUGUAACCUCCCUCGUAAACAUGCUCAUCGAAGAUCUCAGCAACUCCACGAACGAAAUCACAGUCCGAGUCGGCCGUAUAGUCGAAAUCAGCAGAGAUCCAGCCAUCCAAGACAAACGGACGCCAAUCGGACCAGUCUGCGACGACAUAUUUCUGAUUGUUGCUCCUACUGGUUUCCUCCGAAGGAAGCUUGUAGAAGUAACAGUUGGCAGUAGCAAUCACGACGACGCAAUCUUCUCAAACCUAGAAAUCUCAAGACAUGGAGUUAUCGACACCAGCGGUAGAGCUAUAGACGUAACGCCUUCCACCGUAGACGUUACGGACGAGAGUUUCUAUGGAAAGAUCAAGGCUUUAGAGGGGACACCGAAUGCGGCUGUUGAUUUUGCCAGAUUAACCGACCAAGCCUUUUUUAAUACCGUAACACAAAUGGGCGUUAUCUGGAACGACAGAAUGGUUCCAAGUGUCGAGGGGCUUAUGAAUGCAGCAAGUCUUGCCAGUGGCCAAGGAGGUGACUUGCCUCCGCUGAUUAGGGCUGAUAUUGAUUAA